CAGAGGGGGUGGGCGCUAGACAGCUAGCCCCAGGACAUGCCAAGGGGGGUGACCACCAUCAUACCACCCCCAAGACGUGGUGAGGGGGGUGAUGGCCGAAUUUGGCUAAGGAAAGGAGUAUGGUAGCCAUCCCCAGGAGAUACCAAGGGGGGUGGCCACCAUCAUACCACCCCCAGGACGUGGCAAGGGGGGGUGGGCAUCAUACCACCACCCCCAGGAGGUACCAAGGGAGGUGGCCAUCAUACCACCACCCCAGGACGUGGCAGGGGGGGGGGGACAUCAUACUGCCACCCCCAAUUUGGCUAAGGCAAGGAGUAUGGUAGCCACCCCCAAUGGUUGGCCACCAUCAUACCACCCCCAGGACGUGGCAAGGGGGGUGGGCAUCAUACCACCACCCCCAGGACGUGGCAAGGGGGUGUACAUCAUACUGCCACCCCCAUAACAUGAUGACGGGGGUGAUGCCGAAUUUAGCUAAGGCGAGGGGAGAAGAUGUAAAAUGUGGCUAAGUAUGGAAGAUGAUGAGGGUGGAAGGAGCCCCCCCCCCCCAUGAGGUGGUCUGGGGGCCACCAACAUAGCACCCCCAUGGUAUGAUCAGGGGGGUGAGGGUUCACCAACGCCAGCUCCCAUGAGGAUGAUAUAGUGGUGGGAUGAUCCAUAUGACCCCAUGGGGGAUGCCCCCAAUGGUAUGGUGAGGGGGUCACCAACGUACAUCCCCAUGGUAUUUACAAGGCAAGGGGGUCAUGUGAGCACGUGGUCUCUUAACUCUCCUAUUGGUGAAGUAUUUUUGGCAUUUUUAAUUCAUGUGAUUCAAAUACCCACCCAUAUGUGGCACGUGGUAUUCCAUCAUGCCUUAGCCAUUUUUUCUCUAUAGACAAGCGAAGCUAUGGAGGAGAUACCAAGAGCAGGGAGUGAGAUCUCAAGAGGAGGGGGACAGGGCUGAAGAAGGUGGCACAUCCAACGUCAGGGUAACCGUCAAAGCAGUUGAGAGGGUAACCGCCACUCCACAUCGGCAGAGCAGUUUCUCGAAGCAGUUACUUCUGGUGGCUAUAAAUAGGAGGUGAAGAUGACGGAGAAAGGGUUCGCAAAAAUCACAACUCGACACCACUUGUCAAGUUUUAUCUUUUUAUCUUUUCCUCUGCAGAUUUUAGCCAUAGUCGUAGUUUUUGGAGCUCUCACUGAACCUCCAUAGGAGUAGGGCUAAUUUAAUGUAGAUUUUCCUCGUAGUUCAUCAAAACAUUGAACACCCUUGUUUGAAAUUUGUUCGAAGUGGUGUGAACUGUGUUUUUUGAUCGUUUGUUUGGAAGUCAAAGGUGCAAAAUCGAAUUAUGUUCAUCUAGUUUUUUUCGCCGGGAAAACACCUUGGAUUUUGAAGGAGACGGAUCACAGAUUCAUCCUUAGAAUACUCUCCACCAAUGAUGAAGUUUACUAAUCGCCGGUUUAGGCAGAAAUUUUGUCGAACUUUUUCGGGGGUAUUUUGGUAAUUUUCCGAUAAUUUUUUUAAAGGUCGUUUUCCGUGGCUUUUGAAGGCUGCAGAUCACGGAUUCAGGCUGAGGCUAUUAUUUAGGGAUGAAUAAGUCUAUUAAACACCUUUUCGGGCGGAAUAUUUUCGGGGCCAUUUUUGGCAAAUUCCAAAAACGUACCAUCACCGAUUUCGGGCGAUUUUUUGAAAAUGUCAUUUUUCCUUGGAUUUUGAAGGCGACGGAUCACAUAUUUGUUCUAAGGGUAAUCUCCACCAAUGAUGAAGUCUACUAAUCGCCGAUUUGGGCAGAAAUUUGGUCGAACUUUUUCGGAGGGCAUUUUGGUAUUUUUUUGACGAUUUUUUUGAAAUGCAAUUUUCCAUGGAAUUUGAAGGUUGCAGAUCACUGAUACAGGCUGAGACUAUUCUUUAGGGUUGAAUAAGUCUAUUAAACACUGUUUCGGGCAAAAUAUUGAUGGGGCCAUUUUUGGCAGAUUCCAAAGGGGUACCAUCACCGAAUUCGGGCGAUUUUUUGGAAAGACAUUUUCCUUUGUUUUUGAAGGCGACGGAUCACUAAUUCGUCCUUAUGGUACUCUCCACCCAUAAUGAAGUCUACUAAUCGCCGAUUUGGGCUAAAAUUUGGUCAGCCUUUUUUGGAGGGCAUUUUGGUAAUUUUAUGAUUAUUUUUUCAAAAGACUGUUUCCAAUGAAUUUUGAAGGCUUCUGAUCACGGAUUCAGGCUGAGGCUAUACUUUAGGGAUGAAUAAGUCUAUUAAACACUGUUUCGGGCGGAAUAUUUCCGGGGACAUUUUUGGCAUAUUCCAAAGAGGUACCAUCACUGAUUUCGGGCGAUAUUUUGGAAAGUCAUUUUCCUUUGAUUUUGAAUACGACGGUGCACUGAUUCAUCCUUACGGUACUCUCCACCAAUGAUGAAGUACACUAAUCGCCGAUUUAGGGUGAAAUUUGGUUGAACUUUUUCGGAGGGCACUUUGGAAAAUUUUCGAUGAUUUUUUCAAAAGGAUGUUAUGUAUUGAUUUUGAAGGCUGCUAAUCACGAAUUCAGGUUGAGGCUAUUCUUUUCGGAUGAAUAAGUCUAUUAAAUACCGUUUCGGGCGGAAUAUUUCCAGGGCCUUUAUUGGCAGAUUCCAAAUGCGUACCAUCACCGAUUCCGAUGAUUUUUUCGUAAGGUCGUUUUCCUUUGAUUUCUGAGGGCUGCAGAUCACUGAUUCAGGCUAGGCUAUUAUUUAGGGAUGAAUAAGUCUAUUAAACACCGUUUCGGGCGGAAUAUUUCCGGGGUAAUUUUUGGCAGAUUCUAACCGAUUUAGUGCGAUUUUUUCAAAAGACCGUUUUCCAUAGAUUUUGAAGGCUGCAGAUCACAGAUUUAGGCUGAGGCCAUUCUUUAGGGACGAAUAAGUCUAUUAAACCCCGUUUUGGGCGGAAUAUGUCCAGGUCAAUUUUUGGCAGAUUCCAAAGGGGCACCAUCAUCGAUUUCGUGCGAUUUUUUCAAAAGUCCCUUUUCCAUGGAUUUUGAAGGUUGCAGAUCACGGAUUUAGGCUGAGGCUAUUCUUUAGGGAUGAAUAAGUCUAUUAAACACCGUUUUAGGCGGAAUAUUUCCAGGGCCAUUUUUGGCAUAUUCCAAAGGGGGUACGAUCACCGAUUUCGGGCUAUUUUUAAGAAAGACCAUUUCCCUUGGAUUUUGAAGGCGACGAAUCAUAUAUCCAUCCUUAGGGUACUCUCCAUCAAUGAUGAUUUCUACUAAUCGCCGAUUUAGGCAUAAAUUUGCUCUAACUUUUUCGGAGUGCAUUUUGGUAAAUUUUUGGAGAUUUUUUCGACAAGCCGUUUUCCAUGGAUUUUGAAUGCUGCAGAUCACGGGUUCAGGCCGAGGCUAUUCUUUAGGGAUGAAUAAGUCUAUUAAACACAGUUUCGGUCAGAAAAUUUCCGGGGCCAUUUUUGAGAGAUUCCAAAGGGGGUACCAUCCCCGAUUUCAGGAGAUUUUAUAGAAAGACAUUUUCCUUUGAUUUUGAAGGCGACGGCUCACUGAUUCGUCCUUUUUGUACUCUCCACCAACGUAAAGUCUACUAAUCGCCGAUUUGGCUAAAAAAUUGUCUUACUUUUUUGGAGGGCAUUUUGGUAAUUUUUCAGUAAUUUUUUUGAAAAGCCUUUUUUCAUGGAUUUUCAAUGUCGCAGAUCACGGAUUCUGGCUGAGGCUAUUCUUUAGGGAUGAAUAAAUCUAUUUAACACCGAUUCGGACGGAAUAUUAACGGGGCCAUUUUUGGCAAAUUCCAAAGGGAUACAUCACCGAUUUCGGGCGAUUUUUUGGAAAGAACAUUUUCCUUGGAUUUUGAAGGAGACGGAUCAAAGAUUCGUCCUUAGAAUAAUCUCCGCCAAUGAUGAAGUUUACUAAUCGCCGAUUUAGGCAGAAAUUUUGUCGAACUUUUUCAGGGGUAUUUUGGUAAUUUUCUGAUAAUUUUUUUAAAGGUCGUUUUCCAUGGCUUUUGAAGGCUGCAGAUCACGGAUUCAGGCUAUUAUUUAGGGAUGAUUAAGUCUAUUAAACACCUUUUCGGGCGGAAUAUUUCCGGAGCCAUUUUUGGCAAAUUCCAAAAGCGUACCAUCACCGAUUUCGGGUGAUUUUUUGUAAAUGCCAUUUUCCUUGGAUUUUGAAGGCGACAGAUCACAUAUUCGUCCUUAGGGUGAUCUCCACCAAUGAUGAAGUCUACUAAUCGCCGAUUUGGGCAGAAAUUUGUGCCAACUUUUUCCCAGUGCAUUUUGGUAAAUUUUCAACAAUUUUUUCAAAAGGUGGUUAUCCAUGUAUUUUGAAUGCUUGACAUCACUGAUUCAAGAUGAGGCUAUUCUUUAGGGAUAAAUAAGUCUUUUAAACACCGUUUCCGAAGGAAAUAUUUUCGGGCUCAUUUUUUGGCAGAUUCCAAAGGGCAAAGGGGUACCAUCACCACUUUGAGGCGAUUGUUUAGAAAAGCCAUUUUCCUUGGAUUUUGAAGGCGACGGAUAACAGAUUCGUCCUUAGGGUACUUUCCACUAAUGAUGAAGUCUACUAAUUGCCGAUUUGGGCAAAAAUUUUGUCAAACUUUUUUGGAGGGCAUUUUGGUAAAUUUUCAGAUAUUUUUUCGAAAUGCCUUUUUCCAUCAAUUUUGAAGUCUUUAGAUCAAGGAUUCAGGCUGAGGAUAUUCUUUAGGGAUGUAUAAUUCUAUUAAACACCGUUUUGGGCAGAAUAUUUCCGGGGCUAUUUUUGGGAGAUUUCAAAGGGGUACCAUCACCGAUUUCGGGCGAUUUUUUGGAAAGGUCAUUUUCCUUGGAUUUUGAAGGAGACGGAUCACAGAUUCGCCCUUAGGGUACUCUCCACCAAUGAUUAAGUAUACUAAUCCCCAAUUGGGGCAAAAAUUUGGGCGAACUUUUUCGGAGGGCAUUUUGGUAAUUUUGGUGAUUUUUUCGUAAGCCUGUUUUUCCAUGGAUUUUGAUGGCUACAGAUCGCGGAUUCAGGCUGAGGCUAUUCUUUAGGGAUGAAUAAGUCUAUUAAACACCGUUUCAGGCGAAAUAUUUCUGGAGCCAUUUUUGGCAAAUUCCUAAGGGGUACCAUCAAUGAUUAAUGAUGAUUUUUUGGAAAGGCCAUUUUUCUUGGAUUUUGAAGGCGACUGAUCACAGAUUCAUCCUUACGGUACUCUACACCAAUGAUGAAGUCUAAUAAUCGCCGUUUUGGAUAAAAAAAAUUGUCGAACUUUUUCGAAGGUCAUUUUGGUAAUUUUUUGGUGAUUUUUUCGUAAGGUCGUUUUCCAUUGAAUUUGAAAAUUGCAUAUCACGGAUUCAGGUUGAGGCUAUUCUUUAGGAAUGAAUAUGUCUAUUAAACAUCGUUUCGGGCGGAAUAUUUACAGGUACUUUUUUGGGAGAUUCCAAAGGGGUACAUCACCUGAUUUCAGGCGAUUUUUUGAAAUGCCGUUUUCCUUGGAUUUUGAAGUUGACGGAUCACAGAUUCGUUCUUAGGGUACUCUCCACCAAUGAUGAAGUCUACGAAUCGCUAAUUUGUGCAGAAAUUUGGGGGAACUUUUCCGGAGGGAAUUUUGUUAAUUUUUCGGCGAUUUUUUCGAAAGAUCCUUUUUCAUGAAUUUUGAAUGAUGUAGAUCACGGAUUCAGGAUGAGGCUAUUCUUUAGGGAUGAAUAAUUCUAUUAAACACCGUUUCAUAUUGAAUAUUUCCGAGGCUUUUUUUUUUGCAGAUUCUAAAGGGGCUACCAUCACAGAUUUCAGGCAAUUUUUUUUAAGACCAUUUUCCUUGGAUUUUGAAGGUGACGGAUCACAGACUCGUCCUUAGGGUACUCUCCACCAAUGAUAAAGUCUACUAAUCGCCGAUUUGGGCAGAAAUUUGGUCGAACUUUUUCGGAGGGCAUUUUGGUAAUUUUUUGAAGAGUUUUUUUGAAAUGCUAUUUUCCAUGGAUUUUGAAGGCUGCAGAUCACUGUUUCAGGCUGAGGCUAUUCUUUAAGGAUGAAUAAGUCUAUUAAACACCGUUUCGGACAAAAUAUUUUCGGGCCCUUUAUUGGCAUAUUCCAAAUGGGUCUAUACCCGAUUUCAGGGGAUUUUUUGGAAAUGCCAUUUUCCUUGGAUUUUGAAGGCGACGCAUAAAUGAUUCGUACUUAGGGUACUCUCCACCAGUGACGAAGUCUACUAAUCGCCAAUUUGGGCAGAAAUUUGGUCGUUCUUUUCGGAGGGCAUUUUGGUAAAUUUUCUGUGAUUUUUUUCAAUAGGCCAUUUUCCAAUGAUAUUGAAGGCUGCAGAUCACGGAUUCAGGCUGAGGCUAUUCUUUAGGGAUGAAUAAGUCAAUUAAACGUCGUUUCGGAUGGAAUAUUUCCGGAGCCAUUUUUGGCAAAUUCCAAAGGGGUACCUUCACCGAUUGCAGGCUUUUUUUUCAAAGGCCAUUUUCCUUGGAUUUUGAAAGCUACGGAUCACAGAUUCGUCCCUAGGGUACUCUCCACCAAUGAUGAAGUCUACUAAUCGCCGAUUCAGACAGAAAUUUGGUCCUUCUUUUUCGAAGGGUAUUUUGGAAAAUUUUAUGUUUUUUUUCUCGAAAUGUCGUUUUCCAUGGAUUUUGAAGGCUGUAGAUCACGAAUUCAGGCUGAGGCUAUUCUUUAGGGAUGAAUAAGUCAAUUAAACACCGUUUCUUGCGGAAUAUUUCCGGGGAAUGAGAUAUGGUCACUUCCACUUAGGGGGUUGUGAGAUUCACAACCAAGGGUAAUUUGGAUAUAACUAAAAAAAAUUUAUUAAUUAAUUUUUUCGUAUUAAUUACAUAUUGGGAAAUAAAACCCAUAUUAAAUUACAUAUUGAUAAAUAAAUUUAUCUCUCUCUACUUUUUCCAGGUGCGUCUUCGCUCCUACCGCCAAACUUACUCUAACUGGCAGACUUUUUUUCGGUGAGAACCUUCAGUCAGACUCACUCAGGCGACCUACAGAAAAGUACAACUUCGUGUGCGCUAGUGGUAGUGAUUUUCAUCUAGCGUACUAGUAAAUUACCAAUGGCACUGGUACGAUACCAGUGAGUAGUGGUAGCGUACCAGUACCACUGGUAGCGUAUCACUGGUAGCGUACCACUACCCCUACUGAUUGGUGGUGCUACCACUAGCACUAGUAGCCUACCACUAGCACUGUAGUGUACCACUAGCACUGGUUGCAUACCAAUAGCACUGUAAGUGUACCACUAGAGACUAAGAAAGAAAAACCAUAUCUGAAAUAUGAAAAAUCCCAGAUCCGAAAAAAAUUAGGGGAUGAGGGAAGGGGAAGGCAGAGGAGAGGUGGUUACCUCGUGGUGGCGGCGACGGCAGUGUGAAGACAGGUGGUGGAUGGAGGCGGAGGACGAAUGGAAGGGGGAGGCAGAGGCGACUUUGGUGAUGGUGGCGGGAGGCGGUUGCAGCGACAGAGGGCAGCGAGAGGGCUGCGACCUGGAGAGGCUGUGAUGGUGGUGGCGCCGACGACAGGGGGUGGCGUCGGAGGGCGGCUAGAGGGCUGGAUGGUGGUGGCUCUGACGCUAGGGGCAGAUGUGAUGAAGAAGAAGAGGAAGAAGAAGGGAUAACUACGGUGGUGGCUGCAGAAAAGAGGGAUCUGAUUAGGGUUUUUAGAGAAAGGAAAGGAUGUGGAAAUUAAUAGUGAUAGUAAUCCUAUAUGGUUAGUUUUUUCCAUUCCAAAAAUACCCUUCGAGUAAUCCUAACCAUCGAUUUACAAAAAGAAGAAAGAGACAGGAGAGAGAAUGUAUCCAAUGGCUAAAAAGUGAGUUGUGAAUCUCACAACCCCCUUAGGGUUGUGACUUGUGACGGUAUCUCAUCCCUAUUUCCGGGGCCAUUUUUGGCAAAUUCCAAAGGGUACCAUCACCGAUUUCAGGCGAUUUUUUGGGAAGGCCAUUUUCCUUAGAUUUUGAAGGCGACAGAUCACAGAUUCAUCCUUAGGGUACUCUCCACCAAUGAUGAAGUCUACUAACUGCCGAUUUGGGUAGAAAUUUGGUCGAACUUUUUCAGAGGGCAUUUUAUUAAAUUUUCGACGAUUUUUUUGAAAUAUCGUUUUUCAUGGAUUUUGAAGGCUGCAGAUCAUGGAUUCAGGCUGAGACCAUUCUUUAGGGAUGAAUAAGUCUAUUAAACACCGUUUCGGGCGGAAUAUUAUCGGGGCCAUUUUUGGCAUAUUCCAAAGGGGUACCAUUACCGAUUUCGAGCGAUUUUUUGGAAAUGCCAUUUUCCUUGGAUUUAGAAGCGACCCAUAAAAGAUUCGUACUUAGGGUACUCUCCACCAAUGACGAAGUCUACUAAUCGCCGAUUUGGGCAUAGAUUUUGUCGUUCUUUUUCGGAGGGCAUUUUGGUAAUUUUUUGGUGAUUUUUUCGAAAGUCCGUUUUCAAUGGAUUUUGAAGGCUGCAGAUCACAGAUUCAGGGUGAGGCUAUUCGUUUGGGAUGAAUAAAUUUAUCAAACACCGUUCCGGGCGGAAUAUUUCUUGGGCCUUUAUUGGCAGAUUCCAAAGGGGUAUCAGCGAUUUCAGGCGAUUUUUUGGAAAUGUCAUUUUCUUGGAUUUUGAAGGCGAUGCAUAAAAGAUUCGUACUUAUGGUACUCCCCAACAAUGACGAAAUCUACUAAUCGCCGAUUUGGGCAGAAAUUUGGUCGUUCUUUUUCGGAAAGCAUUUUGGUAAUUUUUCUGUGGUUUUUUCGAAAGGCCAUUUUCUAUGGAUUUUGAAGGCUGCAGAUCACGGAUUCAGGCUGAGGCUAUUCUUUAGGGAUGAAUAAUUCAAUUAAACACCGUUUCGGGCGGCAUAUUUUCGGGGCCAUUUUUCGCAAAUUCCAAAGGGGUACCAUCACCGAUUUCAGACGAUUUUUUGGAAAGGCCAUUUUCCUUGCAUUUUGAAGGUGACGGAUCAUAGAUUCGUCCUCAGGGUACUCUCCAUCAAUGACGAAGUCUACUAAUCGCCGAUUUGGGCAGAAAUUUGUUCGUUCUUUAUCGGAGGGCAUUUUGGUAAAUUUUCGCCGAUUUUUUCGAAAGUCCGUUUUCCAUGGAUUUUGAAGGCUGCAGAUCACAAAUUCGGGGUGAGGGUAUCCAUUUGGGAUGAAUAAGUUUAUCAAACACCGUUUCCGGCGGAAUAUUUCCGGGGCCUUUAUUGGCAGAUUCCAAAGGGGUAUCACCGAUUUCAGGCGAUUUUUUGGAAAUGCCAUUUUCCUUGGAUUUUGAAGGCGACGCAUAAAAGAUUCGUAUUUAGGGUACUCUCCACCAAUGAUGAAAUCUACUAAUCGCCGAUUUGGGCAGAAAUUUGGUCGUUCUUUUUCGGAGGGCAUUUUGGUAAUUUUCUGUGAUUUUUUCGAAAGGCCGUUUUCUAUGGAUUUUGAAGGCUGCAGAUCACCGUUUGGGGCGGCCUAUUUUCGGGUCCAUUUUUGGCAAAUUCCAAAUGGGUACCAUCACCGAUUUCAGGCGAAUUUUGGGAAAGGCCAUUUUCCUUGCAUUUUGAAGGUGACGGAUAACAAAUUUUUCAUUAGGGUACUCUCCACCAUUGACGAAGUCUACUAGUCUCCAAUUUGGGCAGAAAUUUGGUCGUUCUUUAUCGGAUGGCAUUUUGGUAAUUUUUUGCGAUCACAGAUUUUGAAGGCUGCAGAUCACAGAUUCGGGGUGAGGGUAUUCGUUAGGGAUGGAAAACUCGAUUAAACACCGUUUCGAGCGGAAUAUUUCCGGACACCGUUUUGGCAUAUUCCAAAUGAGUACCAUCACCGAUUUCAAACGACGGAUCACCUAUGAGGAAGUCUACUAAUCGUCAAUUUUGGCAAAGUUUUGGUCGAUCUUUUUCAGAGGGCAUUUUGGUAAUUUUUCGGCUAUUUUUUUCGAAAGGCUGUUUUCCAUCGUUUUUGAAGUCUAUAGAUCAAGGAUUCAAGCUGAGGCUAUUCUUUAGGGAUGAAUAAGUCUAUUAAACACCGUUUCGGGCGGAAUAUUGUCGGGGCCAUUUUUGGCAUAUUCCAAAGGGAUACCAUUACCGAUUUCGAGCGAUUUUUUUGAAAGGCCAUUUUCCUUCGAUUUUGAAGGCGACAGAUCAGGGAUUCGUCAUUAGGGUACUCUCCACCAACAAUGAAGUCUAUUAAUCACAAAUUCGGACAAAAAUUUGGGCGAACUUUUUCGGAGGGCAUUUCAUAAUUUCGGCGAUUUUUUCGAAAGACCGUUUUCCAUGGAUUUUGAAGGCUACAGAUCGCGGAUUCAGGCUAAGACUAUUCUUUAGGGAUGAAUAAGUCAAUUAAACACCGUUUCAGGCGAAAUAUUUUCGGAGCCAUUUUUGGCAAAUUCCAAAGGAAGUACCAUUACCGAUUAAAGGCGGUUUUUUGGAAAUGCCAUUUUCCUUGGAUUUUGAAGGUGACCGAUCUCAUAUUCGUCCUUACGUUACUCUCCACCAAUGAUGAAGUCUAAUAAUCGCCGAUUUGGGCAAAAUUUGGUUGAACUUUUUCUGAAGGUAUUUUGGUAAAUUUUUGGUGAUUUUUUCGAAAGGCAGUUUUCCAUGGAAUUUGAAAGUUGCAUAUCACGGAUUCAGGCUAAGGCUAUUCUUUAGGAAUGAAUAAAUAUUUUAAACACCGAUUCGGGCCGAAUAUUUCCCCUGCCAUUUUUGGCAGAUUCCAAAGUGGUACACCAUCAUUGAUUUCGGGUGAUUUUUUAGAAAUGCCAUUUUCCUUGGAUUUUUAAGGCGACGGAUCACAAAUUCGUCCUUAGGGUACCCUCCACCAACGAUGAAGUCUACUAAUCGCCGAUUUGGGCAAAAAUUUGGUCGAAAUUUUCAGAGGGCAUUUUGGUAAUUUUUCGGCUUUUUUUUAAGUGUCGUUUUUCAUGGAUUUUGAAGGCUGCAGAUUACAGAUUAAGGCUGAGGCUAUUCUUUAGGGAUGAAUAAUUCUAGUAAACACCGUAUUGGGCGGAAUUUUUCCAGGCCAUUUUUGGCAAAUUCCAAAGGAGUAACAUCACCGAUUUUAGGCGAUUUUUGGGAAAGACCAUUUUCUUUGGAUUUUGAAGGCGACAGAUCACAUAUUCGUCCUUAGGGUACUCUCCACCAAUGAUGAUGUCUAUUAAUCAACGAAUUGGGCAUAAAUUUGGGCGAACUUUUUCAGAGGGCAUUUUGGUAAUUUUUUGCGAUUUUUUCGAAACUCUGUUUUCUAUUGAUUUUGAAGGCUAUAGAUCAAGGAUUUAGACUGAGGCUAUUCUUUAGGGAUGAAUAAGUCUAUUAAACACCAUUUCAGGCGGAAUAUUUUCGGGGCCAUUUUUGGUAUAUUCCAAAGGGGCCUCUCUCUGGCUGGCAUCUUAUGGUCUUCUCUCUGGCUGGCAUCUUGUGGCCUGAGAUAAUUCGGUAUGGCUGGGACCCUAAUAAGAAGAAAUUGUUUAGUGCUUUUGAUUUCAGGCGAUUUUUUAGAAAGACCAUUUUCCUUGGAUUUUGAACGCGACAGAUCAUAGAUUCGUCCUUAGGAUACUCUCCACCAAUGAUGAAGUCUACUAAUCGCCGAUUUGGGCAAAAUUGUGGUCGAUGUUUUUCUGGGUGCAUUUUGGUAAUUUUUUGGCGAUUUUUUCGAAAGGCCAUUUUCCAUCGAUUUUGAAGGCUACAGAUCAAGGAUUCAGACAGAGGUUAUUCUUUAGGGAUGAAUAAGUCUAUUAAACACCAUUUCAGGCGGAAUAUUAACGGGGAUUUUUGGCAGAUUCUAAAGGGGUACCAUCACCGAUUUUGGGCGAUUUUUUUGGAAUGACCAUUUUCCUUGGAUUUUGAAGGCGACGGAUCACAGAUUCUUCCUUAGGGUACUCUCCACCAAUGAUGAAGUCUAUAAAUCGCCGAUUUGGGCAAAAAUUUGGUCAAACUUUUUCGGAGGGCAUUUUGGUAAUUUUUUGGCAAUUUUUUCGAAAGGCUGUUUUUCCAUGAUUUUGAAGGUUGUAGAUUGCGGAUUCAGGCUGAGGCUAUUCCUUAGGGAUGAAUAAGUCUAUUAAACACCGUUUCGGGCGAAAUAUUUUCGGAAGCCAUUUUUGGCAAAUUCCAAAGUGGUACCAUCACCGAUUAAAGGAGAUUUUUUGGAAAGGCCAUUUUCCUUGGAUUUUGAAGGUGACUGAUCACAAAUUCGUCCUUAUGGUACUCUCCACCAAUGAUGAAGUCUACUAAUCGCCGAUUUGGGCAGAAAUUUGGUCGAACAUUUUUGGAGGGCAUCUUGGUAAUUUUUUGACGAUUUUUUUGAAAUGUCGUUUUCCAUGGAUUUUGAGGGCUGCAGAUCACGGAUUCAGGCUGAGGCUAUUCUUUAGGGAUGAAUAAGUCUAUUAAACACCGUUUCGGGCGUAAUAUUUCCGGGGCCUUUAUUGGCAGAUUCCAAAGGGGUACCAUCACCGAUUUCAGGCGAUUUUUUUGAAAUGCCAUUUUCCUUGGAUUUUGAUGGCGACAGAUCACAAAUUUUUCCACAGGGCACUCUUUAGCAAUAAUGAAGUCUACUUAUCGCC